AAGCUCGAAUCUCAGCAAUGAGCUCGAUUUUCAGCAAUGAGCUCGAAUCUCAGCAAUAAUUCCAUCGACGAUCGUCACCGCAGAGGACCAUGAACCUCAUCCUGCUGCAGCCGUCGGAGCUCACUGUUGCUGCUACUACCUCUACUAGUGCUACUUCCUCAUCAUCUACUAGCAGUGAUGAAGCACCAUCGGAACGAACGGCCGUUCUGGCGGCAGGAGAUGCCAGGGCCAAGCACAUUGUAAAGCAUUUGCGAAAGACAACGGGUGAGACGGUGACGGUGGGGAUUGAAGGUGCCCACCUGUAUCAGGCUACCAUUGUUGUGCUGGAUAAUGGGUCGUUGGAAUUAUCGCUCAGCCAGCAAACCCACGAUGACCACACUGCGCAGCCUCGUGUCACGCUCCUUUUGGCCAUGCCCUUUCCGAUGCGGCUCAAGUAUCUUUGGCCGGUGGUAGCCAGCAUGAUGGUAGAACGGGUGGUCGUGAUACAGGGUUCCUUGUCCAAUCCAGAGUUUGCCAAGUCGCGAGUGUUGCAACCAGACACCUACUUGCCGCUACUCAGGGAAGGAUUGAGUCAAGGAGGUCACACACAACUGCCAACAGUGGAAGUUGCAGUGGACCAGCCCAUGUCCACUAUCGAGAGUUUGGAAGGGUUAUUAAACAAGACGGAUCAACAAGGUGACAAUAGCAACACUACUACCGUCAAGAUAUUCUUGGAUUGCGGUGAUGAAACUACUGUUCCACCAACCGUGCGUGAAAUUAUCAUGGGACAAACAAAGAUAUUGUCGACGGAAACACCUUCGGCAGUCAUCGCUAUUGGGCCGGAGCGAGGAUGGACCGAGCAAGAAGCCCAAUUGUUUGCCAAAGCUGGAUUUCAUGCAGCCGCUCUAGGUCCCUCCAUUUUGCGCGUGGAUACUGCCGUGAUAUCCGCCAUCUCAUUGACACAAGCGGCUCUUCAGGAAUGGUGUCUGAAACAUUAUCAUUCUCAACAUGCCGAAGGAGAGGGAAGCAACAACAAACGAAAACACGGGGAAGAUUGAAUGGUGGUUGUUUUAGUGUCAAUCGAAUUGCACUGCGAAAAGAGCUCUGUCAUCCAAAAAGCAAGCGAACUUUUCAGCACUCUGAAUACCACCACAGGACAUCAAAAGGGUCUUGGGAGCUGCAACCUCCGCGCAAUUAAAACUGUCAACGAGGUUCGUUGGCUUGUGAAGUGUGUCAGUAAGGAGAGCUAGCCUAGCAGGAAGCUCGUCGAAAUACGAUGCAGGGACGAUAGGUCUCCUGUGUGAGCAAAACUGGGGACUCAGAAUGCUCACACGUAUCUACUAUGGAAAACCGAGGAAGCGUAACUAAGUUGGACCUCAACUUCAUCAUAGCGCCUUUUAUCCAAUAGUUACUUCUUACUACCAUACAUGUAGUAACACCUGUU